AUGAAUCGAUACCAGUUCAAAUCCGCUGAGGAGAGGGAUGCGGUCCAGUGCCAGCUGUUUGUCGAGAGUCUAGGAGGAAUAGCUCUCGACUGGUUCUCACGACUCGAGGCGAACUCAAUAAAUAACUAUAAGGAGCUGACGACGGCCUUUGUUAAACAUUUCUCAAUGUUCAUCGGCCAAAACACCAAGAACUCCGAGCUAUGGAAGAUAGUCCAAGGAGCAAGCGAGAGCCCCCGUGACUUCAUUCAACGUUUUAAGACGAUUGUCGCCACUUGCACGAUCAGUGAUGAAGCUGCUCUCUUAUCCGAAGAAGAAGAAGAGGGCGCUUAUGAGCAGAACUAUCAGGCGAAGCAGCCCGAACGUCCGAAGGCCACCAAUAACGAACCACAGUCAGGCUAUAAUAGAGGGUACGAGAAUCGCAAGAAGUUCUACGCUAAUGCCAUCCAGCAAUCGGCCAGACAGUGGAUUAAUAACUGGGUCUGCAGUGAAGAAGAUCAAGACGAGUCCUUGUUUUGUGAAUUCCAUAACCGUAAAGGACAUAGCACCGAAGACUGCAAACAUCUGCGGGAAUACCUGCUCGCACAAUAUCGAAAAGGGCAAAUCUCGCUCGACGAUCUCCGUCGCUCAAACGUUCUAAGAAGCAAGUCGCCUCGACCGAAUAACGUACCACCCGAGAACACCGUCGCCAAAGAUCCACCAGCUCCGCCAGCUUUACCAGCAUUACCGCCGCCUCCACCGAAUCCACCUGGUUUACCCUAA